CCUGUGGGCCAAGGUAGAGCAUGCUGAGAGAGAGGGAGGAGGGAGCAGGGGGCUGAGCUGAUCCCACGUGUGACGCUUUCAUUCCCGGCUCAGUAAUAUUCUCAUAGCGGGGCUUUGCAUAUCUCCUGCCGUAUCUGUGUGUGUCUGUCACUGUUACUGUAGUCCCAGCCUAUAGUUUGGAAUAGAUAUGGAAGGAGACGGGAGUCAAGCCACAUCCGGAAGCCUAAAUGAUUCACAACAUGACCCGGGUAAAAUGUUUAUCGGUGGCCUCAGCUGGCAAACCUCACCAGACAGCCUUAGAGACUAUUUUAGUAAAUUCGGAGAAAUAAGAGAAUGUAUGGUGAUGAGAGACCCCACGACAAAGCGCUCAAGAGGAUUUGGGUUUGUUACGUUUACAGAUGCUGCCAGUGUAGAUAAAGUCUUAGCUCAACAACACCAUGAAUUAGACUCAAAGACGAUUGAUCCUAAGGUUGCCUUUCCCCGUCGCGCCCAGCCUAAGAUGGUCACAAGAACAAAGAAAAUAUUUGUGGGUGGCUUGUCAGCCAAUACGGUAGUGGAAGACGUGAAGCAGUAUUUUGAACAGUUUGGGAAGGUUGAUGAUGCCAUGCUUAUGUUUGAUAAGACGACUAACAGACAUAGAGGAUUUGGUUUCAUAACUUUUGAGAGUGAAGACAUCGUAGAGAAAGUCUGUGAAAUUCAUUUUCAUGAAAUCAAUAACAAAAUGGUAGAAUGUAAGAAGGCCCAGCCCAAGGAGGUGAUGUUCCCACCAGGUACACGAGGGCGAGCCAGGGGUCUGCCCUACACCAUGGAUGCCUUCAUGCUGGGGAUGGGCAUGCUGAGUUACCCUAAUAUUGUGGCAACGUACGGCCGCGGAUACACUGGAUUCGCACCAAGCUACAGCUACCAGUUCCCUGGCUUCCCAGCGACAGCAUACGGACCGGUGGCGGCAGCAGCAGUAGCAGCAGCGCGUGGCUCAGGUAGGGGGGCCCGUGGAAGAGGCGGCUACUUGGCGUACCCACAGAGCACAGGGCCAGGCCUCCCCGAUUAUGGGUUUUACUCUGCGCCCAGUGACCAGAGGGGGGGGCCCUGCUCCUUUGCUGACUAUGGCUCCCUGGGGCCCCAAGCGGCUCAGAUGCUGCACAGUGAGCAUGCCACCUCCGCCUGCAACUCCCCCCUCCAGCACCUACACAGCCCGGAUCAAUUUAAGAACCCAGGCACCAACCCCUCAAGGCCCGGAGGUUUCCCCGGUGCUAACAGUCCAGGGCCUGUGGCUGACCUGUACGGACCUAGCAGCCAGGAUUCAGCUGUGGGCAACUACAUCAGUGCUGCUAGCCCUCAGCCUGGCUCUGGGUUUGGCCCCAGCAUCACAGGCCCGUUGAUUGCGACAGCUUUUACAAAUGGAUACCAUUGAGCAGGUGGCCGGUUGCCAUCUCAUCAGAGCAGAGUAUAUCUGGUGGCCCAGGAAAGACAGGACGAAGUUUCUAAUUGGCUUUGUGUGCAGGUGAUGCUAUCCAACUUCAAGCACUACAGCGUCACCCAGGCAAAAAGGACGAAAAGUCGGAACCAUAUGAAGAAGAAAAGAAAACGUUAGUCAUCUCAGAAAAAUAACAACUGCUGUACUAUAUCCCAAACCUCCUAUAACUUUACAACCUGGUUUGGUAUGAUGUUUCACGUCGAUUUCAUCCACCUAUUUCCUUCCUCUGUUAGCUUUUUGUUUUGAUUAGUUUUUAGGAAGUCAUUUUAGUUCAACCUUGAUUUUGUGUCGUUUUAUUUUAUCUUAUAGUAUAUUUGUGUAAAUGGAUUUUGUUUGAACUUACAGUACGGGGGUCAUAGCCAAGAAUAUCUGCAAGUCAUGUCUUCAUCUUUGUAUCGGUUAGUGUAAAAGGAAAAACGAUUGGAUGUUGCAUUCAGUCUUUCCACAAAAAAAAAAGGAAAGUCAGUGUGGAAAGACUCGCAGAAAAAAAAUAAUCAAGUUUAAGGAAAAUUUUAAGAGGGUAUCUAAGUAAUAAAUCUUAGUAGCUGUUUUA